AUUCAAUCAUGUUGGAAAUAGAUGCCAAUUACACUUGGAUAUUAUUAGUGGGUGUUUUUGUAUUUUUGCUUGUCAUUUUUAUUCUUUUAUGCUUUACAAAAGCAAGUGGAGAAAGGUUCUUUUAUGGUCAAGAUUCAUUUUUUGAAGACGAAUUUGUAGAAUGUCCCGCAUUACUAGCAACUUUAUCGGAGGACGCAAGAAUAAGCUAUGAACAAGCUAAAGCUAGCCUUUCAGCAAAGACACCCACCGGAAAGUGUACCCACCGAUAUAACCAUGUCUCAGUAUGUCAGUAUACAAGAAAAGGGUAUCUCAGCAUUUGAAUUUGUGUGUGAUAUGGAAACGCAAAGCUUUGUUUCAGGAAGAACAGAGAUUCAAUUCUUUUCUGGUGAGAGCUGCGUGCAGACCAACCUGCCCUUACCAAGAAAUCAGGAAGUUUAUUACUGGGAAGCCAAGAUGUUUGAAAAGCCACUAACAACAACUGUCUCUGUGGGCGUAGCUACUAAACCAUAUCCAUCAUGGAGACUACCUGGUUGGAAUAAGCACUCUAUUGGUUACUUUAGUGAUACAGGAAACAAACAUUUCAACAACCCGUUUUUUGGUAGACCCUACAACUCUAGAUACGAAGAAGGAGACGUCAUCGGUGUUGGAUAUCGCCCUCGAACAGGCACUAUCUUUUUUACAAAGAACGGUAGAAAGCUAGAUGAAGCAUGCUUCGGCCUACGUUACAACUUAUUUCCUACGAUCGGAGCUAAUGGACCAUGUCAAAUCCAUGUUAAUCUUGGUCAAAUGGGUUUUGUGUUUGUGGAAGCCAAUGUCAAAAAGUGGGGGUUAGCACCCGUACAAGGCACUUUGGCACCUCCUCCCGCCUAUGGUUUUGAGGCUGGUUCCUUUUUAUUAGAGAGAGGAGGAGAAACAAGCAGUUUGGCUGCUAGAAGUAUACCCACAGGAUUUAUCACUCCAUCAUCCAGUCGAUAUAAUACUGGUGAUGAUGAACACGACGAUAACACACCGCUGAUUCAUCACGUACAACGAAAUAGCAAUUAUGCAGCAAUACCCAUACCUUCACAGACGCAAGUUAUUCCAACACAAUCCCCUCCUUCCUACUCGACAUUACCUGCGCCUAUACUUUUAAUGGAUCAAGCAGAAUAUGAACGAAAUCGAAGAGCUGGACUGAUUUAAUAAUAAAAUUUCCUUUUUAAUAAUCUCG